AUGGGGGCUCAGGCCCUGCCAUGGCCUCCCCUGCUGCUGGCGCUGCUCACCGUGCUGCUUGGCCAUUCCCCGGGAGCCACAGCCCAGACUCAGGUCUCCAACUUCCCAGUCUGCUCGGUGGACAAGACCUUCCUCCAAGUGCAGGAGAACGAAAAUAUCACGGAAGCCCUGGUGAACAUCUCUGUCCCAGACGGCCAGCAGGUGACCCUCGGAUCCUYGUCCACCCCAUCCGCAUUUCGGAUCCUAGGAAACCAGCUCUUUCUCAGCGUGAUUCCUGAUUAUGAGGAGAAUACGAUGCUGGAGGCACACCUGGAGUGCAAGAGGGGGGACACCGUGGUGGCGCAGCUGAGGGUGUUUGUGGUGGUGCUGGAUGUCAACGACAACGCCCCAGAGUUCCCCUUCAGCACCAAGGAGCAGGACGUGCAGGAGGACACCAAAGUGAACUCUACGGUCAUCCCUGAGGCAGAACUACAGGCCACGGACCGUGACAAGGACAGCACCUUAUUCUACACCCUACAGGAAGUGACCCCGGGCGCUGGCAGCUUCUUCUCCCUUUUGGGGGUGAACCGCCCUGCCCUGAGGCUGGACCGGACCCUGGACUUCUACCAGUGGCAGAACAUGACCUUCCGGCUGCUGGUGCGGGACACGAGGGAGGAGCACCAGGAGCCCAGCCACACGGCCACGGCCACCCUGGUCCUGAAGGUGCUGCCCGCUGACCUGCGGCCACCCUGGUUCUUGCCCUGCUCCUACUCAGACGGCUCCGUCUGCAUCCAGGCUCAGUACCAGGGGGCCAUCCCCACAGGACACAGACUGCUGUCCCCCCUCAUCCUGCGUCCGGGGCCCAUCUAUGCUGUGGACGGAGAUCGAGGCAUCAACGAGCGGGUCAUCUACAGCAUUAUAGGGGGAAACAAGGACAACACAUUUGCCAUCGACCCAGACUCUGGCAACCUCACCAUGACCAAGAGUGUCCCCAGCCCCACGACAKUCCUGCUACUGGUCAAGGGUGAACAGGCUGAUCUGGCCCGUUACUCGGUGACCCAGGUCACUGUGGAGGCCCGCCAGGCCAAUGGGAGCCAGCCCUACUUCUCCCAGAGCCUGUACCGAGGCACUGUGGCCCCUGGCUCUGGGUCUGGUGUGGCUGUCAAGGAUGCCACCUCCCCCUCUCAGCCUCUGAGGAUCUGGGCUCAGGACCCUGACUUCCCGGACUUGAACUCGGCCAUUACCUAUCAAAUCACCAACUGCUCCGAGUUCCGGAUGGCUGGAGAGAUGGUGCUGACCGCCACGGCAAUAGAGCAAGCAGGGGUCUUCUACGCAGAGGUGGAGGCCAGGAACACCGUGACUGGGGGUGUAGCCACCGCUGUGGUUGAGAUUCGUGUUUCAGAGCCGGAGCCCCCCUCCACAGGCUCCCCAGAGCCCCCCACAUCCCCAGAGACUGGAAGAACAACUGGGCCCUGGAGCAGCACCACUUCGCAAGCCCCCAGGCCCCCUGGGACCUCUCAGGGACCCUCAACAACCAGCUCUGGGGGUGGCAGUGGCCCUCAUCCACCCCUAGGCACGACUCUGAGGCCACCGACCUCACCCACACCCGGGGGAACCCCCAGCCCGGGAGUGGGCACCUCGACCCGACCAGCCACGCCCGGUGGGGGCUCAGCACAGACCCAGAAGCCUGGGACCUCUCGGCCCACGGCUCCCGGUCCAGGAGCAGGCACCUCCCCUCAACCCCCCACGACCGGUGGGGGCUCAGCACAGACCCAGAGGCCUGGGACCUCUCGGCCCACGGCUCCCGGUCCAGGAGCAGGCACCUCCCCUCAACCCCCCACACCCAGUGGGGGCUCAGCACAGACCUCAAAACCAGGGACUUCUCCAACGAGCACCCCCGAUGUGGGAGCAGGCACCUCACGACCAACCAGGCCCGGUGGGGGCUCAGCACAGACCCAGAAGCCUGGGACCUCUCGGCCCACGGUCCCUGGGCCCAGCAGGAGCCCCCCACCCUCAGGGACGCCAGGAAGCAGCACAGGAGGAAGUGUCCCAAUACAGGAUGACCAGCACUUCUCCAUAGUGGACAUGGCAGUGCUGGGAGGGGUGCUGGGUGCACUGCUGUUGCUGGCCCUCCUGGGGCUGGCCAUCCUCAUUCACAAACACUAUGGUCACCGACUGAACUGCUGCUCUGGCAAAGCUGCGGAGCCCCAGCCCCAGGGCUUUGACAAUCAGGCCUUUGUGGGGGACCAGGAGGCCAACUGGGCACCUGCCCCUAGCCCCGGUUCUGGGCCCAAGUCUGUGGAGGUGCCACCGGAGCAGCCCAGCCCCAGGUCCCCUGCCCCUGAGCCUCCCAGCACGGAGUCCCCAGACCCAGGUCCCCUCGCCAGUGCCCCUGAGUCCCCGGUGGCCGCCAGGGCUGUGGACAGCCCCUCAGCAGUGAGAUCCAUCCUGACCAAGGAGCGGCGCCCGGAGGGCGGCUACAAGGCCGUGUGGUUCGGCGAGGACAUUGGGGCCGAGGCCGACGUGGUGGUCCUUAACGCACCCACCGCGGACGCGGACGGCGCGGGUGACUCUGGCAGCGAGGACAGCGGCGAAGAGGACGCUGGCCAGGGCUGGGGUCCCCGCGGCGCGCCCGCGCCCGAAGACGACUCCACCUACAUCUAGCUAGACCUCUCUGCUCGCCCGCAACGGGCCUGGACCCAGGGUCCAC